AUGAACCCUUAUCGUCUUUAUGCGGAUAAUGACGACACAGAGAGCAAUUAUGAAGCAGAAAUAUCGCAAACGUGGAAGGACCCUCCAAGGUCGACAAAUCGAAGGACUCAGUCGAGUAAUAACAUAAUAGAGCCACGGCCAGACAUAUUGUCUACGGGAACUCCACGGAGAUCACCCGACGAAAUCUGGCUGAUUCCUGCCAACGUAACGCCGGAAAAAAUCGUGGGAAAGAAGAAGGAGAAUUUAGCCAGAAUCGCCCAAAGCACGAACACGUCAGUGGCGUACAAUCAAGACAAUUCACAAAUAGAAAUAUGGGGUAUACGUCGAGACAUCGAUCAAGUCCUGAGACAGUUGAAUCAGAUUGCGAAUCUUUAUUCGGUAGAGGUCAAAUCUCCAAGGUCUGCAAAAUGGGAUAAACCGGAAAGGGCAUUAACAGAGAAAGAAAAAAGGAAGCUAGAACGCCGGGCGAAACGUGAAAAUAUGCACAAAGCGUACGAAGGGUCUCCCAAGGAGGAGAAAACCUUUUACGGAUAUUUUUUAUUACCAAAUGAUGACAUUUCGCAUAACGCAGUUUACACGGAAUCUCUGUUGAAAGACUUGCGUGCCGAUACGAGAUGCUUUAUAGUUUUUCAAUCCAAUAAUAAUCUUAUGGAAAUCUCGGGUGAUUCUUAUGCGAGUGUGGAAGAAGCCACGAGACGUAUUAAGCAAAUAUAUUUGAAACAUCUUGCUUGGAGGCGAAUCCCGAAGGUCAAUCGAUCAGACGGCCCGAAAGAGUUGGGAACAUGUAUGGGGUGGGUUCAACACUUGAUCGAGGAACCUACCAGGCCGUAUAAAGUAAAAUUUGCUAAUCUUCCCAAAGGAAGAGAUAUUCCUUACCUUCCUCGUUCGAGAGACUCUCCUGCUCCCAAAAUACUUGAGGCCGUAUUCGAAGGGGGUGAUAUUACGGUCAUCAGUAAGGAUGGUAUUGCGGAAAAGAGCGAUCCACGCGCAAGUGAUAUCGUUGCUAUGAAGAAGAUAAAUGAGAUGAAUAUAAAAAAAUUUGGAGAAACUUUGCAUAAAAGUCUUGGAGCUGUUCAUUUGUUCCAAGAGAAAAUUAAGAUGAGAAUCAGGUUUGGUCAACUCGUUAUUACCGACUAUCCAAAGGAACCGUUGUGGUCUAUUGAUAAAUUCAAUGAUAGAGUCCUGCGUGACUCGCGAUUAUGUUCAGUACUAUCUAAUUGUAUUACACGCGAUCGGCCUAAACUUGAAACUCUCUUUGAAAGGCUGUCUGAGAAAGAUGCGAUCACUGGUAUGGAUAACCAGUGGGAUGACUCGCCCUUUACAGAAUACAAGAUAGUCACACAUGGUCGAAACAGUCAAUCAAAAAGCGGAGCGCCUGUAACGUAUGCCUUUGAAGUAACUUUCAAGCCAGACGCUAGGGAGGCCAAAAUCGCGCUAUGGAACGCCAUGAUUGAUGACAAGAACGUAAUGGAAUUAAAUAUGAUAUGUCCAGAAAACGAUUAUUCCUGGAAACUACAUUUAAAGUGCUCCAAACGUUUGCCAAAUUCGAUCAACAGUUCACAAGGAUCGUUUGUUUAUAAACUUCACCUGAGUCCGACGAAGCACCUGAUUUAUGCCAAUACCAACGAAUACGUUGUACAAUCCGUAUGUGAAAAAACAAAAUGGAAAUUCUGGUGGGAGAGAGAGUAUGUUGUUGAAGUAACCAGAUACGACUAUUGGAAUUGUGAAAAAAUGAGAGACUAUGCACCUGGCAUAGAAGUAGUACUUAACACUGACGACAAAGUCACUACGUUUGGUGUAACGCUUUACAGACAACAGUGGGAUGAUGAUUUUGCGUACAACUGGUCUCUCGAGACCGGCGAGGCGCCCAAGUGGCAUCCAGAUGACUAUAUCAAUGACGAAAAGUUUGGCGGGGUGAAGGAGUUAUUGAAUGACAUAAGAAAAUUUUUGACAUUAUUGGAAUCAUCAGUUUCUUCAUAG